AAUAAUAAUAAUAAAGGAGCAACAGAGUGAACUGGAUGCUGCCUUGGUUGCUGAAGACCAGAAAUGGGUGCCAUCUCAAGGUUGCCAGAACCGGUUCGUGCGUGGACCAGAUUUUCGCUUUUCUUGUGGUAAACCAUCAGCUGGAUCCGGAUCUUAAUCACGCCAGAAGUUGCAACACUGAGCAGGCUUCAGUGAAGCAAACAAAUGAUCCAAUCAAUAACAGCUGCACAGCCUAACAUAAGGAGGAUAUCAGUAACACACUAACACACACACACACACACAUAUAUUUAUAUAGGCCAUGGCGCUGGAGAACUCUGUCUUGCCGUCCCGCCCCGACUCCCUCGCUCUCCCUGUAGAGGAGAAAAAACAUGGGGAGGAAGAAGCCGAGGUGGCCUCCACGGGCGUCUUCAACGUAUCGGAGGAGCUGGGCCACGUCGUCACCACGCAGACAUCCUCCCCUCCUGCCCCAGCUAAGGUCAACAGGUCGUUCCAGUCCAAGCUGGCCGAGCGGGAGGCCACAGCCAAUCAGCACAGGAAGAAGACCCCGGGGACAGAGAAGGAGAGGGGGCGCUUCGGGUGGGCCCGGGCUCGCCGUAAGAGGCAGCGCUACGUGGAGAAGAACGGCCGCUGCAACGUUCAGCAUGGCAACAUGAGGGAGACUUACCGCUACCUGACCGACAUCUUCACCACACUGGUGGACUUGAACUGGCGCUGCUCUCUCUUCGUCUUCGUCAUGGCCUACGCCGUCACGUGGCUAUUCUUUGGCGCCAUCUGGUACCUCAUAGCCUACUGUAGGGGUGAUCUGGACCAUCUGGAGGAUAUAAACUGGACACCAUGUGUCGACAAUGUCAAUGGUUUCAUAUCAGCCUUCCUCUUCUCCAUUGAGACUGAGACCACAAUUGGCUACGGACACCGGGUCAUCACUGACCAGUGCCCAGUGGGCACCAUGUUGCUGCUGCUGCAAGCUAUACUGGGAUCCAUGGUCAAUGCCUUCAUGGUUGGCUGCAUGUUCGUGAAGAUCUCUCAGCCCAACAAGCGAGCCGAGACGCUGGUGUUCUCCAAGCACGCCGUCAUUUCUCUGAGAGACGACAAGCUCUGCCUGAUGUUCAGGGUGGGAGACCUUCGGAGCUCCCACAUCGUGGGGGCCAACAUGAGAGCCAAGCUCAUCAAGUCUAAGCAGACUCAGGAAGGUGAGUUCAUCCCUCUGGACCAAACAGACAUCAGCGUUGGCUUUGAGACCGGCGACGACCGCCUCUUCCUGGUCUCUCCGCUGGUGAUCUCUCAUGAAAUUGAUGCCCAUUCAGCGUUCUGGGACAUGUCGCAGGCCCAGCUCGAGAAGGAGGACUUCGAGAUCGUGGUCAUCCUGGAAGGGAUGGUGGAGGCCACCGGGAUGACGUGUCAGGCGAGGAGCUCCUACCUGGCGGAGGAGGUGCUGUGGGGUCACAGGUUCAGCCCCAUGAUGUCGCUGGCAGAGGGCUUCUUUGACGUGGACUACGGAGCCUUUCAUCACACGUUCGAGGUGGACACGCCCUCCCGCUCGGCCCGGGAGCUGGCUCUGGCUGCAGCCCGGCUCGACGCGCACCUGUACUGGUCCAUCUCCAGCAGGCUGGACGAGGAGCCCACGCUGGCCGAGCAGGCAGCAAAGCAGGCGGACGGCGGCUCGGCCAACAGCAAAGGAGGGGAGCCCAUGUUCACCGUCGGGGAGAUGACCGACAUCCAGGAGCAAUCAGGACUGGGCGAGCUGAACGGCAGCGUCGCCACAGACCAGUCCGAAUCAGAGGCCUAGAACAGAGAAUGUUUACAAAGACCUUCAGUGCAUCGCCACCGCAUCCCGGUUAAAUACGUUAAAGACUUUUAUUUUGAUGCCGAUGACUUGUUUUAAUAGACACAGCUCAGCAGUAAACA